CGUCGGCGCUUUGGGGAGCUUGUCGAAGAUGGCGGCGCUGUGUGUGUGUCGGUUUGCAAGAAGAGGCUGGCUGUGGAAGCCUCCCUUGGCUACACGGAGAGAAUUUUGGUCUAGAUCCAGGAAGGAGAAGGAGCUGGUGGUGGCCGAGACGGUGGAAGAAGUGAAAAAAGCACCUGUUUUGGUGUGUCCGCCCUUACGAAGCCGAGCAUACACACCACCCAGUGAUCUCCAGCGUCGCCUGGAAUCUCAUGUUAAAGAAGUUCUUGGUUCAUCUCUUCCUAGUAAUUGGCAAGAUAUCUCCCUGGAUGAUGGACAUGUGAAGUUCAGACUCCUAGCAAAUUUAGCUGAUGACUUAGGCCACGCAGUACCUAAUUCCAGGCUUCACCAGAUGUGCAGGGUCAGAGAUGUUCUUGACUUCUAUAAUGUUCCUGUUCAAGACAGAUCUAAAUUUGAUGAACUCAUUGCUAGUAAUUUACCUCCCAAUUUGAAAAUCAGUUGGAGUUACUGAGCAGUCCAGUCAGAACACAGUGAGAUCAUUCUCAUUCUUCUCAUUGGGUGACUGACAACGAACUUUGUGAGAUGUUACCUGUUAGAACUUGUUUCAGAACUUCCUUUUUGUAUAUUUUUUUUCUCCUUGUAGAAGAACACAUUUUUUUUUUCUCUCAUGGAGCAUCAACAAAGAAAACAUUAUCACAUUUGCUAAAGCUAUUUAUCCCCAAUAAAAUCAAGUCUUGAUAAUUUAUGAAAACAUUCUUAUUCCAUGGUAUAUAGUCAGGGUUGUUGAGAGGAACAGAAGUGGUAGCAUGGAAGCCUAUUUAAAUGGGAUUUAUUAUGUUAGCUUACAUUAGGAUCUGGGUAGUCCAUCAGUGACUGUCUCACACCAGAGAGGCCGAGAACCUCGGGCACAUACUUGUACCCUUCAUGAGGCGGACAGUCUCGGUAGUAGCAAGCUGUUGCUGAAGGCCUCGGGGAGUCUUUGAAGAGCCUACUGGUCUUCAGUCCAUGCUGGCUCCCUGAAGAAGCUGUUCUGAUACAAACGAAGAGAUGCAGCAAUGGCAGGAACAAGAUACAUGUAUUUGCCAGUACAGAGAAGGCAAGCAGGCAGAAAGCCAGACCUUCCUUCUGCGUGGGUUCUGCCCACAUUUACUGUGCACUUCCCUCUUGAGAGAUAAUCCCCCAGUGGAAUGGCCAGCUGCUUGUCUUUUAGUUGACUCCAGAUCAGUCAAGUUGACAACCAAGAUUAACCAUCACACGAAAAUACUAAGUAACUUGGGUUUCAGAUAAGAGGCCAUUGCAAGUUCAAAUGUUUUCUUUGCCCUUCAUAUGGCUAAAGUAGUUUCAAUAAAAUGUUCUAAUCUUA